AUGGGAGGUUAUGUAUGCGGUGGCGCCGGAAGAUCAGGACAGACGAUAAUGGUGGCUCUGGUUCUGAUGGUCGGAUCGUUCUACGCCGGCUCUCUCUUCGGCAACAACCAACCCCUUUACAUCUCUCAAGCUUCUUCUCAAUCUGCAACUCUCUCCAAAUUCGCGAACAAAAUCGAGCUGACUCACCGAACCACACCGCUAAUCAUACCUGAAACCGGAAUCAACGUGUGUCCAUUGAAGUUCAACGAGUACACUCCUUGUCACAACGCCACAUACGUUCAUCAGCUUCACAUUCCUCGCUCGAGACUCUCUAGAAGAGAAGAGCUCGAGAGACACUGCCCGCCUCUCGAGCAGCGUCUCUUUUGCCUAAUACCUCCACCGAAAGAUUACAGGUUGCCUAUCAGAUGGCCAACAAGCAGAGACUAUGUAUGGAGAAGUAAUGUGAACCAUACACAUCUCGCUCAACUUGGACAGAACUGGGUGCAUGAACAUGGACGGUUUUGGUGGUUCCCUGGUGGUGGUACUCAUUUCAAACAUGGAGCUUCUGAAUACAUCCAGAGGUUGGGGAACAUGAUGACUAACGAGACUGGUGAUUUGCGUUCGGCUGGGGUUGUACAAGUUCUUGAUGUUGGAUGUGGAGUUGCAAGCUUUGCUGCUUAUCUUCUCUCUUUAGGUAUACAGACGAUGUCGUUUGCUCCUAAAGAUAGUCAUGAGAACCAGAUUCAGUUUGCGUUGGAGAGAGGCAUUGGUUCAAUGAUCUCUGCAUUUGCUACCAAACAAUUACCGUAUCCUUCAGCCUCGUUUGAUAUGGUUCAUUGUUCGAGGUGUCGUGUCGAUUGGCAUGCAAAUGAUGGGAUCUUGCUUAAAGAAGUUCAUCGUCUGCUUCGAAACGAUGGAUACUUUGUGUAUUCGUCACCGCCAGCUUAUAGAAAGGAUAAAGAGUAUCCUAUGAUUUGGGAUAAGUUGGUGAAUUUAACUACCACAAUGUGUUGGAAGCUCGUUUCCCGGGAGGUACAGACUGCGAUAUGGAUGAAAGAAGAGAACGAGGUUUGCCUUAGGAAGAAUGCAGAGCUAAAGCUUGUAAGUUUAUGUGAUGUGGAAGAUGUUUUGAAACCAUCAUGGAAUGUUCCUCUAAAAGACUGUGUGCAAGUUAGUGGACACAGUGAAGAGAGACACUCUUCUUUAGCUGAACGUCUUUCUAUGUACCCUGCAACUCUAAGAAACACAGGCAUCGGUGAAGAUGAGUAUAUGUCAGACGCAAUCUUCUGGAGAGAACAAGUUAGUCAUUACUGGCGGUUAAUGAAUGUUAAUGAGACACAAGUGCGGAAUGUGAUGGACAUGAACGCGUUCGUUGGUGGAUUUGCUGCGGCUAUGAGCUUGUACCCUGUUUGGGUGAUGAACGUAGUACCUGCUACAAUGAAUGAUACCUUGUCUGGUGUUUUUGAGAGGGGCUUAAAUGGCGCUUUCCAUGAUUGGUGUGAGCCGUUCUCAACAUACCCUCGUACAUACGAUUUGGUGCAUUCGGAUCAUGUCUUCUCACAUUACCAGAGUCACGGUGAUGGUUGUUUGCUGGAGGAUAUCAUGCUUGAGAUGGACCGCAUUAUUCGCCCUCAGGGGUUUGUGAUUAUAAGAGAUGAGGAAUCGAUAACCUCAAGGAUCCGAGACCUGGCUCCUAAAUUUCUAUGGGAAGUGCAAACUCAUCAGCUGGAAAACAAAUACAACAAGACAGAAACUGUUCUGUUUUGCAGAAAGAGAUUCUGGGCAAUCAUCUGA